GGCAGAAGGUGGCGCUCUCACUGUCUUCUAUCACCUCCUCUCUAUCUUUCCGGGAGGAGAACGACAGAGGAGACGACGAGUUGCGGUUACGAACGCUGGUGUUGGAGAGUCGUCGGAGGAGGAGACGAAGUUGGGCGGAGCGGUUUCCUGGACGUCCUCCCCCUCCCGGGGCGCCGCAGCAGAGAGCGCGAGCGUGGCUGUGGUGGCUGGAGCAGGGGCGGAGGAAGCGCUCGCCGCGCUGUACUCUGCCCGCCAUGGCGAUCCGCAAGAAGAGUAACAAAAACCCUCCCGUGCUCAGCCACGAGUUCAUUGUGCAGAACCACGCGGACAUUGUCUCCUGCAUGGCCAUGGUCUUCCUGCUGGGGCUCAUGUUCGAGGUUACAGCAAAAGCAGCUGUUGUCUUUGUUACACUUCAGUACAAUGUUACAAUUCCUGCCACAGAGAAACAGUCUACUGAAACAGUCGCAUUGUAUCACUAUGGUAUCAAAGAUCUGGCUACUGUUUUCUUCUACAUGCUGGUGGCAAUAAUCAUACAUGCUAUUAUUCAAGAAUACGUGUUAGAUAAAAUUAACAGGCGAAUGCACUUUUCCAAAACAAAGCACAGCAAGUUCAAUGAAUCCGGACAACUCAGUGCAUUCUACCUUUUCUCCUGUGUCUGGGGAACAAGCAUUCUUGUUUCUGAGAAUUAUGUAUCUGAUCCAACAUCGCUGUGGAGGGACUAUCCGCAUACAUCAAUGCCGUUUCAAAUGAAAUUUUUUUACAUCGCUCAGCUGGCAUACUGGUUCCAUGCCUUUCCAGAACUCUAUUUCCAAAAAACAAAAAAAGAAGACAUCCCUCGCCAGCUUGUUUACAUUGGACUCUAUCUUUUCCAUAUCACUGGAGCGUAUCUGUUAAAUUUGACCCAUCUUGGCCUUGUUCUUCUUGUGUCACAUUACUUUGUGGAAUUUCUGUUCCACAUUUCCAGACUCUUUUACUUCAGUGAUGAAAAAUAUCAGAAAGGGUUUUCACUCUGGGCAGUUCUUUUUGUUUUGGGAAGACUUCUGACCUUGAUUCUUUCUGUCCUUACUGUUGGAUUUGGCCUUGCUAGAGCAGAGAAUCAAACAUUGGAUUUUAGUACUGGGAACUUCAAUGUGCUGCCAAUCAGAAUCAGUGUGCUGGCAUCCAUCUGUUUGACACAAGCCUUUAUGAUGUGGAAGUUCAUCAAUUUCCAGCUGAGAAGGUGGAGAGAACAUUCUUUACCUCCCCAACCAGUGAAAAAGAAGUUCAUAACAACGAAAAGCAAGCCCUCCAAAAAAGAAAGAGAAAAUGGAAUAAAUGGAACAUUAACCUCAAAUGGAGCAGACUCUCCUCGCAGCAGGAAAGAAAAAUCCUCUUAAAACUGAACUUUAUUAAGUUAAUUGACUAAUAUCCCCAAAGAGAACUGCUUUUUACUUUGGAAAGUCCUUCAGCACCAGAGUUCCUAUUGUUAACAAAAAAUAAAUAAAAUUAAUGCUUUUUGGUUAUUGCUACCAUAAUUUUUUGUGCAACUUUUUAAACUGUUUUAACUGCAAAAGGGGGCCACAAUAUUUUUUUAAUAUCUCUGAAAAUGUUUUAAGUAGUCGUUGGAAUCCGGUUGCCAAAAAUCAGUGAUACAAUCUGCCAUUCCUUCCAGCUUUACAGUGAUGAAUUGUCCAUUCCAAAAUGAUAGUAGGAGGUUCCUAUUGAAAGAAAACGAACAUUUCAGUAAAGAAAAAGUAAUGCCGUAUCUUUUUUUAGAUAUUCUCUAACGCUUAGCUGUAUAUUAUCUUGAUUUUACAGUUCAGAAAAUAAUUUGUAAAGCACCAAAGUAAUAAUUGUUGUUUUGUAGAUAAUCUCUACAAUGAUUCAAGAAAUUCCCUUAUUAAAACACUGAUGGACUGAUUGAAA